AUGUCCUCGACACAAGCCAUCUUCUCAAGGGGUACGGACGAGCAAGCCAUGAACCAAAAGCUGCAGUCCCUGCUCGCAGGCGCCGGCCAGGGCGGCCGCUGGACACUCAUCUCGAGCGGUCAGGGAUUGGAGCGCAGCUUCAAGUUCAAGACUUUUGCAAAGACCUGGGACUUCAUGACUGCAGUAUCCCUGCAGUGCAAAAUAAAGAACCAUCAUCCCGAGUGGUCCAACGUUUACAAUACAACAUAUAUUCGCUGGACAACCCAUGAGCCCAAAGGCCUCUCGGACAAGGACAUCGAGCUCGCAGCCAUAUGCGACCAGCUGGCUCGGGACUUUGGCGAGCAGGCCACACCCCCAUCACAACUCCCAGCGGCUGGUGAUGACAAAGUCUCCUCCUCGACAACAGGACCGACAGAGGCCGAGUCGGGGCAAGACGCAAUCAGCUGCCAGAUUCGGGGGCUGGCCGACCGUGUCGCUUCCGGGGCUGGCGCGGAUUGCUGCGUACCUACCAAGAACAGGAAUCAGUAG